GGCGGCGGCGGAGGCUGUUGCUAGGCAGGCCGGCGCGCCUGGCCCAAUGGGAGCGGGGCGCUGCGGCCGGGCCCGGGCGCAGGCGGCGGCGGCGGCGGCGGGCGCGGAGCGGUCGGAGGCCGGCGCUCACCAUGCCCUACAAGCUGAAGAAGGAGAAGGAGUCUCCAAAGUCUACCAAAAGCACCACAAAGCCUGGCAGCAGUAGCAGCAGCAGUAGCGGGAAGGAUGGUGGAGCAGAGAAUUCAGAAGAGGCCCCGCAGCCUCAGCAGCCUCAGCAGCCCCAGCAGCAGCAGCAGCAGCAGCCCCAGCAGCAGCAGCCAGCUUCCAACAAGCGGCCCAGCAACAGCGCUCCGCCGCCGACCCAGCUGAACAAAAUCAAGUACUCAGGGGGACCCCAGAUCGUGAAGAAGGAGCGCCGGCACAGCUCCUCCCGCUUCAAUCUGAGCAAAAACAGGGAGCUCCAGAAGCUCCCAGCCCUCAAAGAUGCUCCUCCGCACGAACGAGAAGAGCUGUUCAUCCAGAAGCUGCGGCAGUGCUGCGUCCUGUUUGACUUCAUCUCGGACCCCCUCAGUGACCUGAAGUUCAAGGAGGUGAAGCGCGCGGGCCUCAACGAGAUGGUGGAGUACAUCACACACAACCGUGACGUUGUCACUGAGGCCAUCUAUCCCGAAGCUGUGAUCAUGUUUUCAGUGAACCUCUUCCGGACACUCCCACCAUCAUCCAAUCCCACAGGGGCAGAAUUUGACCCUGAAGAAGAUGAGCCUACAUUAGAGGCUGCCUGGCCACACCUUCAGCUGGUGUACGAGUUCUUCCUCAGGUUCCUGGAGUCGCCUGACUUUCAACCAAAUGUAGCCAAGAAAUACAUUGACCAGAAGUUUGUGCUGUCUCUGCUGGAUCUCUUUGACAGUGAAGACCCCAGAGAAAGAGACUUCCUAAAAACUAUUCUGCACAGGAUCUAUGGGAAAUUCCUGGGCCUGAGAGCAUAUGUGAGGAGGCAGAUCAAUAAUAUAUUUUACAGGUUCAUCUAUGAAACAGAACACCACAAUGGGAUUGCAGAGCUCCUGGAGAUCCUGGGAAGCAUCAUCAAUGGGUUUGCUUUGCCUCUGAAGGAAGAGCACAAGAUGUUCCUCAUCAGAGUCUUGUUACCCCUGCACAAAGUGAAGUCUCUCAGUGUGUACCAUCCACAGCUGGCAUACUGUGUUGUACAGUUCUUGGAGAAAGACAGCAGCCUGACAGAGCCAGUGAUUGUGGGCUUGCUGAAGUUCUGGCCAAAGACUCACAGUCCCAAAGAGGUGAUGUUUCUAAAUGAGCUGGAGGAGAUCCUGGAUGUGAUUGAGCCAUCCGAGUUUGUGAAAGUUAUGGAGCCCUUGUUCAGGCAGCUGGCCAAAUGUGUCUCCAGCCCACACUUCCAGGUGGCCGAGCGAGCGCUGUACUACUGGAACAACGAGUACAUCAUGAGCCUGAUCAGCGACAACGCCGCCAAAAUCCUCCCCAUCAUGUUCCCAGCGCUCUACAAGAACUCCAAGAGUCACUGGAACAAGACAAUCCAUGGGCUCAUCUACAAUGCACUGAAGCUCUUCAUGGAGAUGAACCAGAAGCUCUUUGAUGACUGCACGCAGCAAUACAAGGCAGAGAAGCAGAAGGGAAGGUUCAGGAUGAAGGAACGAGAAGAAAUGUGGCAGAAAAUAGAGGAGCUGGCUCGGCUGAACCCCCAGUACCCCAUGUAUUAUGCACCUCUCCCCCUGCCUCCCGUGUGCUGUAUGGAGACGGAGACCCCCACUGCAGAGGACAUCCAGCUGCUGAAGAAAACCGUGGAGACAGAGGCUGUGCAGAUGCUGAAAGACAUGAAGAAGGACAAAGUUUUGCUGCGCCGGAAGUCUGAGCUUCCGCAGGACGUCUACACUAUAAAAGCCUUGGAGGCCCAUAAGAGAGCAGAAGAGUUCCUCACCUCAAGCCAGGAGGCUCUCUGACGGGCUCAGGAGCUGGCCCGGGAAGCUCUGCCCCUCCCUUUCCUCCAGGGGUCAUGGAAAUGCACUCGGUUCUCAUGUAUAAGUAAGGAAUGAACAUGGUGAGCUGUGCCUGUCCUCCACUCCAUCUGCAUACCUCCAGGGUAGAUCUGGGUUUAUGUUAUAACGUGUAUCUCACCACUGUCCUGUCCUCCUGCUUUUUCUCCGUCCUGCUUUUCCACCUUGGCUGUGCAGGCGUGAAGGGAGCCUGCCUGGCCUCUGCUACAUCAGUCCAGGCAGGACUCGCUUCUCUGUGAGCUGCCACCUUGUUCUUACUCUUGCAGAAAGGCAGGGCCUUGCUCAGGCUCUGCUGGGCAGGGCCUGCCGUGCGUGGCUCCGUGCGCUGCUCCGGACUCCAAGUGCCCAUUCCAGCACCCCUGCCCCGUGCUGCCUGUGCAGCUGAGCCCUGCCACGGGCAGAGGCUGAGCUUGGGGCAGAAGCAGAGCUUGUGAAGGCUCUGCUGCCUCUCCAGCCUGCCUUGGGGUGCAGCUCCACAGCUGAAGGCUCUUAAUGUACAGCGGAGAAAAUGUUUACUUCCACCUUUCAUUUGCUACAAGCCCCUCAUUGCGUUCCCCUGGCGGUGGAGUGGGGGUUCAGGGCUUUGCCACCCCCAGUUAAGCUGGGUGCGAGCACUACAUACUCUUGCAGCCCUCCCUUCAGAGCAUCCUUAGAAGCUCUCUUGUGAGAAAGUGAAUUCCUUCUGCUGUUUGUGUUGGUCCGUGCUGCCUCAUCUCCCCCCGAUGUCUCUGGUUAAUUGUGGGCCCAGAAUUAACUUCCCGCUCUGUAGCAGGUGUCAGCCACUGACUUCUACCUUCUUCCUCUACCUGCUCAAUUAAAAUACUCCUGCAGCUCUCCCUUUGUCUCUGUAUGCCAUCCUUAGCUCUUCAGGCGCAGGGCUUCUAGGGAGCUUGUGCUGUUAGUCAUUUGCACAAGCCUGUGUGAGCAGAGGGCACACCUCACGGGCUGUGCCCAGUUGGAGUGCUGUCUCCUCGUUAUCACCAGUGGCUGAGCACCUCUGCUGCUUCGCUUCCGUGGGUGCUCUGAGCAAAGUUCGCUGUCCUGGUGCGCUGGCACCCGCUGUGGCCCUUGUCAGUUGUCAGUGGUGCUUCAGGGACUCGUGCUAAGGUAGCAUCUAGAAACACUUGCUGAUAGCCCAGGGCUUGCACAGUGCUGGGGAGCUGCUGUGGCCCAGCCUUCACCCGCUGUUGGUGCAGGUCUGGUGCCAGGCCAAGGUGCCACCUCAGGGGCUGGUUUGUCUUGGAGAGGGAGUCCCUGCUUCCUCCUGCUGCACCUUGCUUGGCACAUGAGCUGAGGUGUGUUUGCAGCAGUGCAGGGAGCCUGUGGGGUUGGUGCUAGCCUGGGACUGCUCUGCAGUGCCAGGGGAUGUUGUAGAAGGUUCUGGUGCAUCUGCCUGUCCUCACCAGUGAGCCACUCGCAGGUGAGAGGAUCACCCCCUCUUAACCCUCCUGCUGGUGCGCAGCACACCUUUCCUGGAGCCCAGGGAGGCUCCCUGCACCCGUGUGCCCUGCAUCCCUGCCCGUGCAGCCCUCAUCAGGAAUGGCACCCUCUCUCGGGAGGAGCUGGGGGUGCCUGUGACUCUCCUCUGCCUCACAACGCCGCUCCGGCAGCAGAAACACCUCAGGGAGGUCCUCGCUUGUUCUGAACACUGGUCUGAGCUCGUGCGAGCUGCCCCUCGGUCCCCUCAGCCUGGCACAGGCGGGAGGGAGGGCUGCAGGCUGGGGCUCCUUCUGGCCAGCUCGGGCUCUCCAGCCGGCUGCUCAGCAGGGCGCUGAAAGCCAAGGCCUCAUUUCAGAUUGCCACAGCACGGCGUGCCCUCACUGGAGCCUGCUCACUGCCGGGCAGUGCCUGCCCCUGCCCGCUGUGCUGCUCUGCCUGCAGAGGGAACAGGAUCGUGUGCUGGGCACAGGCUGGCGCUGCUCUGGAGAUGAUGUCUCUGCUGGCAGCCCCUGGCCAGAGCGGUGCUGCUGGGCUUGUGCCACGCGCAGGGGCAGGAUUGUAACGCAUCAUGAUGACGUGCUGUACAGCUUCGAUGUGCCCAUAGCUUUCUGUGUCCUGUUUUGGGUCAGGGACCUUAGGCUUAGUACCGUCACACCUUCCUUUGUUUGCUGCCUAUCCAUUCCAGUGUCCUGGACACCUCAGCAGGGACCAUGUGGGACGGGGCAGUGCCCGCCCUCUCACAGUGUGCUGCUCAGGGCAGGCCUGCCCCUGCCUCAGUCCUUGGUUCUAGCGUUAGUGCUGCUCAUUUCUGCCUACGCCUCUCCCCGUCAGCCAAAUGGACAGAACUGGAGCUGCCUCUUCCUCUCCACCUGGCUUGCUCCUCCCAAGGGAAAAAGCAAAACUACUGCAUUCACACCCUGGACACAAGUAUUAAGCUGCUUACAGUUCAUAUGUACAUAUGGUGUACUUUAUUUUCAGUAGAGCAUUACAUAAUAGUAUGAAAGUGUUGGAUUUUGUACAGAUGUCCCUGUAUGUACAGAACUAAAUAAAACCAAUCUCUUGGAAUGACA